AUGGCUAGUGAGGCUACUAAUGAUGCACAGGGCUAUUUGUCCCAGGAAGAAGAAGUCUUUGACGGUAACGAUAUUGAAAAUAAUGAAACAAGGGUUUACGAAGAGUCAUUAGAUUUGGAUUUAUCCCGUAGCAAUAGACAAAUUUGGUUGGUUAGACUGCCAAUGUUUCUUGCUGAAAAAUGGAGGGACAGGAAUAAUCUUCAUGGGCAAGAGUUGGGGAAGAUUAGGAUCAAUAAAGAUGGUAGUAAAAUCAAGCUAGUACUCAAUGAAAAUGAUAAUGACUCCAUCCCACAUGAGUAUGAUCUAGAACUUACGAAGAAAGUUGUGGAAAAUGAGUACGUCUUUACGGAACAAAAUUUAAGAAAGUUUCAACAACGUGAAAGAGAACUUGCUGCAGAUCCUGAAAAGCAAAGGCAAGCUUAUCUCAAGAAACAGGAAAGAGAGGAAGAAUUAAAAAAGAAACAGCAACAAUUGAAACGUAAAAAUAAUAGGAGGAAAUUCAAUCAUAGGGUUAUGACUGAUAGAGAUGGUAGAGAUAGAUAUAUUCCAUAUGUGAAGACUAUUCCAAAAAAGACGACAAUUACAGGUACAGUUUGUCACGAAUGUCAAGUCAUGCCUUCAAUGAAUGAUCCAAAUUACCAUAAGAUUGUCGAACAACGGAGAAACUUAGUUAAAUAUAAUAAUAAAGAAAGAAUCACAACAUUGGACCAAACUGUCGGUGUUACAAUGAGCCAUACAGGUAUGUCCAUGAAAUCCGAUACAUCCACUUUCUUGAAAGUUGGUCGUGAAAAGGCUAAGAGCAACAUUAAGUCAAUUAGAAUGCCAAAGAAAGAAAUUUUGGACUAUCUAUUCAAAUUAUUCGAUGAGUAUGAUUACUGGUCAUUAAAAGGGUUGAAAGAACGUACAAGGCAACCUGAAGCACAUUUGAAAGAAUGUCUGGAUAAAGUGGCAACUUUAGUGAAGAAAGGUCCAUAUGCUUUCAAAUACACUUUGAAACCCGAAUAUAAGAAAUUGAAGGAAGAAGAAAGAAAGGCAACAUUGGGUGAACUGGCCAAUGAUCAAUCGCAAUCACCUGACAGUUCCGUCGGUAAUGAAAAUGGGCAAGGUAGUGCCGGAAAUGAGGAAGAUAUGGAAGGCGAAGACGACAUCGAAAUGGAAGAUAUUGUAUAG